AUGAUCUUCUGUUCAUGGAAUAUAAGGGGGCUUAAUAAGCCCUUUAAGCAGAAAGAGCUCAAGAACUUUCUGUUUACAAAUAAGGUAGUUCUAAUAGGUUGUCUUGAGACUAAAGUUAAAGCCAACAAGGCUGAGAAAGUCAAGAAGAAAAUGGGGAAUGAAUGGGAAGUAGCUAAUGAUUACACUCAAAGCCAAAAUGGAAGAAUAUGGAUAUGGGACUUUAAUGCUAUUCUUUCUGUGAAUGACAAGCAGAAUGGUGUUCCAGUACAUCCUACUGAAAUUAAAGACUUUCAGGAUUGUAUUGAAGAUAUAGGAUUUGGGCAGCUGAAAAGAACAGGAAGUCUAUUCUCAUGGAGUAAUAAAAGGGAUGCGCAAAUUAGAAUUCAUAGCCUCAUUGACUGGGCUUUUGGGAAUGCAAAAUGGUUUGACAACUAUGGUCAUCUAGAAACAGUAUACCACAACCCAGGGUGCUCAGAUCAUACCCCAAUUAUUGUUAGUACUGGGAGAAUCAGGCAAUCACUCCCAAGGCCAUUCAGAUUACUAAAUGUGCUGCUCCAAAAUCAGUCUUUCAAGGAAGUGACCCAAACUGUAUGGCAGUAUAAAAUCCCUGGUUAUGCUAUGUAUGGAAUAUGUAAAAAGCUCAAGCUGAUUGAGCUUAACACAAAACAUCUCCAUAAAGAAGUCUCUAACUUGCAAAAAAGAGUUGAGGUCAUUCGAGGAAGAAUACAGGACACUCAGCAAAUGUUGAAUUCAGAUCUGUACAACUCCAACUUGAUACAAGAGGAGAGAGCUUUGAUACUUGAGCUAGAAAAAUGGUCUAACAUCCAUGAGGAGGUACUGCGACAAAAGUCAAGGGCUAUAUGGUUAGCAAAAGGGUAUUCAAAUACAAGAUAUUUCCAUGCACAAAUGAAGACUAGACAAGCAAGGAAUCAUAUCUCCUCAAUUUGUAAUGAUCAAGGAAUAAUGUUGACUGAUCCUGGCCAAAUCCAGCAAGAGUUCAUCAAAUUUUUCCAAGAUUUAUUGGGUACUAAGGCCUCAGAACUGCCUUGUCUAAAUAGCAACAUUGCAAAGGAUGGGUAUUGCCUAAAUAGGGAGGAUCAGCAGGGUCUGAUUAAACCAGUGAUGCAAGAGGAAAUAGUGCAGGCUCUAAAGGACUUACCAGCUGACAAAGCCCCGGGGGGGAGAUGGAUUCCCUGUUGA